AUAACUUAAAUAAGGUUCCUAUUCCUUUAACUAAUAACGACUUGAUUUUAUUAAAUGAACUAUUUGAAUAAAUAUAAUAACAAUAUAAUCUCCCUAUAAAAUAAGCCUAGAAUAUUUAAAUAUAUGAUCCUGUAGUAAAUAAAUAUUUAGAAAUAACUUAAAUUCGCUCCAUUAAUUUAUAGAAUUUCAAAGAAGUUAAUGUACUAUAUUUUAGUAUAGGCAAUACUAAUUAAGAAUAAUAAAGACCAAGAGAAAAAAGAGUUAAGGAAAGAUAAAUUUAAUAUGUAAAAGAAAAAGUUGAUGAAUGGAGAAAAUUAUAUUAAAAUGGUUAUACUAACCAAAAAGGGGAAAAUCUUAAACUUAAUUUAGAUCUUGCCGCUAGUAUGGUUGGUCUUUCAAGGAAAACUUUAGAUGAUUAUUUUUCGUAAAUUAAAAAAGCAGAAAAACUCGGUUUUGACUUCCAAUUACAUAAAGAAGAAAAGAUGGGAAUGUUAAGAAAAUAUGUUAAAUAAUUCAAUUAUAAUAUCAAAAGUAGUUCAAAUAAUACUUAGGAUGUCUAAGAAAAAUUCUAAAUUAAAGAAGAAGCCGAUGAAGAAGAGGAAGAUGAACAAGAAUCUUUCUAAAAUUAUUUAGUAAAGGAAGAAGAUUACUUAGUUAAAGAUGAUUAUUAAUAAAAUGGAUUUUAAUUUGAUUGA